AUGCGGCAUUCCAACAAAAAGAAUACAAAGUCAAGUCAUGUUGGAGCUACGCCGAAGGAUUCUCGGAGAAAGCAUAUAUCAUUCUCGCGUGAUGGUAACAAAGUUCGAUUCGUAAAGCCCCCUCCUCGCUCCAUGAACCACCAGUACUGGUUUACCGAGACGGAGUCGGUUGUGAAGAAGGGCAUCAACUUUGAGGUUGAGCCGUACAUCAACGUCUCACUUGAGGUGGGCUGCCGCAUGCAACUCACCAGCGUGGUGGCCCCGCCGUCCAGCUCGCCGGACCCCGCCCGGGAGCCCCGCCCGAACCACAAGAAGAGAGAGCGCGAGGAGGAGGAGUCGGGGCGGGUUUUUCUUGAGAUCCGGGAGGGGGAGGGGCCCUCGCGGUGGCUGACGGUCGCCUCCGCCGCGGCCGGGGAGGUGUCGACGCUGCGGGUCGUCCUUCCCGCUGGCGUCUACGCCCUCCGCGUGACCGGCGCCCCCCGCUCGCUCCUCGUCUUUGCGCAGGCGUGGGACCUCGAAACGAAACUCGACUAG